CCCUAUUCUGGUUAUUGGGGAAAUCCCCGAAAUGCACGCUUUUCACUGAAACAAAAUAUUUUGCUUUAUAGCUGCUACGGAUUGCAUUGAUAGAGAACCAAGGUGCUGCAAGAAAAGAUUCAUAAACGGGAGGCGAGUUCCUAUCGCCUUCCUCCCUCCCUCCUUGUGUCCCUGUUUCCAAUCCUCUCCCCCCAAACGGUCUUGUGAGCUGUCGAGAAAGUGAACAGAUAAAGGAUGGAAGAGCUCAGCCCCCCCCUGGGCCAAUGUUCCUUCCAGCAGCUUUGGGAGAGCAAUAUGACACCUCAGGGGCCCAGUAUUCCACUGGUUGCUACUGAAAACUGGUCUGACCUGGAUGUCUCGAUAAAUGGCAUCCACUUACCUCCCUCACAGCUCCUUCCUGACGCAACUCUCCACAAGGUCUUUGACGAGGUGCUGUUUGAACUGCUGGAGCCCCCGGUUGUGGAGCCCUCUGUGUCAACCCUGGACAGCGUGCCUCCCCCCGCCUCCACCGUCCCCUCCACCAACGACUACCCUGGGAAGCACGGCUUCCAGCUGCGAUUCCAGAAGUCGGGUACCGCCAAGUCUGUCACCUCCACUUAUUCUGUGCAGCUGAACAAGCUGUACUGCCAGCUGGCUAAGACGUGCCCUGUGGAGGUGUUGAUGGCCAUGGAUCCCCCGCCAGGAGCCAUCCUCAGGGCCACCGCUAUCUACAAGAAGUCUGAGCAUGUCUCUGAGGUGGUCCGGCGCUGCCCCCACCACCAGAGCGCCUCAGAUAACAAUGAAGGCGUGGUCCACCGCAGUCACUUGAUUAGGGUGGAGGGGAGCCAGUGGGCUCAAUACCUGGAGGAUGGAAACACCAAGCGUCAAAGUGUGCUGCUGCCCUAUGAGCCUCCUCAGCUGGGCUCUGAAACCACUACUGUUCUCCUGAACUUCAUGUGUAACUCCAGUUGCAUGGGUGGUAUGAACAGGCGGCCCAUCCUCACCAUCCUGACCCUGGAGACCCAGGAGGGUCAGGUUUUGGGUCGCCGUUGUUUCGAGGUCCGUGUGUGUGCCUGUCCCGGCCGGGACCGCAAGACCGAAGAAGAGAACACAAACAAAGUUCUGAACGGGACCAAGACCACCAACGGCUCCAAGAGAAAGUCCCAACAGGCCCUGCCCCCUCCAGGGACCAGCAAGAAGAUCAAGAAUGGCUCCAGCACUGAGGUUGAAGACAAGGACAAUGUAUUUUUGUUGCAAGUCCGUGGCCGAGAGCACUAUGAGUGGCUCAAGAAGAUCAAUGACAGUCUGGAGCUGAUGGACCACAUUCCUCCCGCUGAGCAGGAGAAAUACAAGAAGAAAGGUUCCGCAAAGAUCCUCAAGCAAGAAGCAAUGGCCCCGAAGAGCGGAAAGCGGCUGCUUACAAAGGAAGACAGGAGCGACUCGGACUAAGGCCAGGACACGUCGGUCCUGAUUCUCCUGUCUAUUCCAGACCAACAUCAAGUUGCGACUCCCAAGUUAAAUGCCCAAUACCAAACCCUAGUCCCUACAUGUAGUCACUUCUGAAAGGAUAGAUAUUAGCAAGAUGGUAAUAGCUCCACCUAGACAGCCAUACGCUGGACCCAGAAAGGGGUCAAUAGGGACGGACCAACAUUUUAAUAAAUGUUGUCAUAUGAACAUGCAAGACAUGGCAAACUGUGUAGAAUUGCAGGAAAUUAGCUUCAAAACAGUUCAAACUGUAUAAAAAAAAUUGUAUUGUUUUUAAUAUGACGGUAAAUGACUGUCCAUCCGGAUCUUUUGACAGCUAGGAAAAUUGUGACCGGACCUUCUCAGAUAGUACAAGUACCAUGUUGGGAUUUUCACCAUAUUUCAGAUACCAGUCCAACAAUUUCAGUACAACACAAACUGCGUAAGUGUAGGGCCUGGGGUUUGGUUUAGAAUUAGCUAGGUAAGCUAAGACCCCUCCUCCCACUGCCUGAACCAUAUGGUGGGACUUCCUCCUCCUCACCUGCCCCCCAAACAGCACUUUAGCUUGUGCUUUUAUGAUUUGGACCAAUUAAAUCAAGUAUUCAUAUCUUGACCUGCCUAGCCACGAUGCUUUGUUACCAGUUAAUUGGCCAGUUGCCUGUUAGUAUUUUUAUACCUGUUGAACAUAACUGCUGUUAUCCCUCCCCCUGAAACCUUGACUUUCUUUUGCCCCUUUUUUUAAAACAAUUUUUUACUUGCAGCUCUGGUUAUCAGAAUGAUUUUUCAUUGUUAAAAAAAAAUAAAUUUGAGUUCUCUUGUGAAGCAGUCUGAUACUGUGAUUAUGAUACACUUAGCACAUGUAUAUUUGUUUAAUUUAUCGUUCUCUGAUGGAAACUCUUUUUGAUGUCAUUCGGUGCUGAGACAUGAGGCUCUAUUUUGUUUAGGGGGAAAGGAAACAUUUCAGGGAACUUUUAAAAUCAAUUAAAGCAAUACUUAAAAUCCUCA